AUGUUGUUAUUGUGGAAGUGGGGUCAAAAAGGGGGGCCUGUCUAAAUUUGAGGGGUUGACAGUCAAUUGAAGUGAAAAAGACAGUUACCAGAUUUUUCAAACUCUCUAUUCCCCUCUCUCAAGAUUGUAUAAUAUGUUGAGACUUGGAAGAACAGCUUUAUGGCAUACAACAAAAGUGCCUACUACGACAGCGCUUACAAAGAAUUUACUACAACCAUCAUCGUUAUGGACAAGGCCAUCGACAACAGCAACAACAGCAACAACCACAAUGGACAGCCUUACGCAACGAAUGAGUCAGCUUCGAUUCUAUUCUUCAAAGACACCCAAGAAUCCAAGUACAGCAGAAACUGCUGCCAAAGCAAACGCCAAGUCUGACACAACUACUCCAACACCCUCCUUCAUUUCCGGCUUCAAUACGAAAGGUAGUGCAUUCACCACGAUUGAAGCAUCGGCCUACCCUUCUCAACAAUUCAAGACCAAAAAACCAACCACACCUGGUAAACGUUGGCUUCGACGUGUCCCUCGUGAUCAUCUUUAUAAGGGAAAAGCGGUGCGUUCCUUGACUGUCGCCAAACGUAGUUCAGGCGGUCGUAACAAUUCAGGUCACAUCACCGUGCGUCACCGUGGUGGUGGACAUAAACGACGUAUUCGUAUUAUAGAUUGGCAUCGUCGUGAACCGGGUACACACAAUGUUAUGAGAUUGGAAUAUGAUCCUGGACGUACAGCGUGGAUUGCCUUACUAAAACAUGAGGAAACGGGCAAAUUGAGUUAUAUUGUCGCACCACAGGGUGUGAAAACAGGAGAUAAGUUGAUUUCCUAUCGGUCACUCAACACAAAAACAACCACCACUACCACUACCACUGCCACGACAGUUCCAUUGUCUUCUACAGCGACAACAGCAGCACCCUCCUCUUCCACCAUCACCACCACUACUACCACCACCUCAACAACAGUGGCGCCGACAGAGACCCUUUCUCAUUCAGUAGAUACGAUUAAAUACAAUGUGGGUAACUGUUUCCCUAUAAAGAUGAUUCCUGUCGGUUCAAUUAUUCACAGCAUCGGCCUUAAACGAAAUGGUCCUGGUAUCAUGGCCAGAGCUGCUGGUACUUAUGGUCAAUUGAUUCAAACGGCUGAAACGGGAUAUGCUCAAGUACGUCUGUCCAGCGGUGAAGUGCGUUUAGUGCCCGUGGACGCAUGUGCCACUUUGGGUGCGGUCAGCAACCCUGAUCAUCAGCACGAAUGGUUAGGUAAGGCAGGACGUAGACGAUGGAUGGGUUUCAGACCUUCUGUUCGUGGUGUGGCCAUGAAUGCAGUGGACCAUCCCCACGGUGGUGGUCGUGGCAAAUCAAAGGGUAACAAGGACCCUCGAUCUCCUUGGGGCGUGUUGGCAAAGGGUGGUAAGACUAGAAAAUCACCCAAUCCAUUUGUCGUUAAGCCUAGACCAAGACGUUAAGAGGCGACCCUUGGUUUUGUAAAGGAAAGAGGCUGGGUUCAACCUAUGCCUUUUUCAUCGAGAUACACUUCUUUUUUACACACCUUUUCUAUUUUUAUUUGUAUUAUAAAAGUAUAUGUUCCUAAUGUAGACCGUUUAAGGGGAGGGGAAAAAGGCGGAUGUAUUCCCAAUAUUACCACUAUAAAAACUAGCUUCAUCACCAAAAUAAUAAAAAAAAAGAAAAAAACGUGAUGUGAGUACAGUAAAGUAAUAUAAACGAAAAAGCAAGUUUGUUGUCAUCAUUUUAUUCGCGAUAAAAUCUUUUUGAUGUUCCUUAUCUACUUUCUCGCCCUUUCUUUAUCACUGUCAUCAUUUCACCUGUGUAUUUGCAAGUACAGUAUAUGUCAUCUUUUUACCAUUAUACGGAAAGAUGUACUAGGUCUUCACCGAGACAGUUCACGACGCGAUCAAGCUAUGCAACGGAAGCAGAAG